AUGAGCUACAAGUAUCCGCCUGCUGUCGUUUUUGAUUUAGAUUAUACGUUAUGGCCAUGCUGGUGUGAUACACAUAUAUCUAUGCCACUUAAACCGGUGUCAAAAAGAGAAGUUGUUGAUAGAUACGGUAUGCAGUUAAAAUUAUAUAAGGACGUUGAAAACAUACUAAUGGAGUUGAAAUCACAAGAUGUGACGAUCAUUGGGGCAAGCAGAACAGCCACCCCACGAGUAGCGCAGGAGCUUUUAUCGUUAUUUCACAUAAAUGAUAUACCUAUGAUUAAAUACUUUCAUUCUUUACAGUGGGGCCAAGGGUCUAAAAUCAAGCAUAUAACUAAAGCAGCAAAGCUGUUAGGAAUGCAUGAUGAUUUAGAAGAGGGAGGUUUCAUAUUAUUUGAUGAUGAACUGAGAAAUAGAGACGUAACUUCAAUAAAUUGUGAAUUUGUUCAUAUCGAUGAAACAAAGGGUUUGACUCGUGGUGUAUUCGAGAAAGGCUUACAAGUAUGGACUGAAAAUAGAAAUAAAUAG